AUGGUUAUGAGGCCUGUCCGGGUGGAAUCCGACUACAUGAACACCAGUGAAAUAGACUACAGUCACGACAACAAUGCCCAGAAGGAGGUGGCCAAGGGCAUCUAUGUGGCCGUCUUUGUGGUGGGCAUGCUGGGCAAUGUACUGGACUACAUGAAAACCGGUGAAAUAGACUACAGUCACUAUGACAAUGUGGUGGCCAUGGUCAUCUAUAUGGUCGUUUUCGUGGUGGGCAUUCCAGGCAACAUGCUGGUACUCUGGGUGACCAUCUUAAAGGCCCGGCACACAAUUAACGCAAUCUGGUUUCUCAACUUGGCUGUGGCCGACCUCUUGUCCUGCCUGGCGCUGCCCAUCGUCAUUGUGACCAUCCUCAUGCAUGGCAACUGGCCUUUAAGUGACAUGGCCUGUCAAAUACUGACCUCGCUCAUCCUCUUGAACCUCUAUGCCAGCAUCCUGUUCCUUGUCACCAUCAGCGCCGACCGCCUCCUCAUUGUUUUUCAACCCAUCUGGUGCCAGAAUUACCGCGUAGCCUGGCUGGCCUGGCUGGCCAGUGGCGUGGCCUGGAUCCUGGCUCUGGUGCUCAGCAUCCCAUCCUUCAUGUUCCGACGAGUGCACAAGGACCCUUUUUCCAAGGUGGCCAAGUGCAUUAUGGACUAUGGGUGGGAUGACCCUCAAGGUGGUUGUGGCGUGGUGACCAGCUUCUUCAUCUUCUGGCUGCCUACCACAUUCUGGCAUGGUUUUGGUCUUGUUACCCAGAGACUCCUCGACCUACAAGCACGCAUGUCCCUGCACACUACUGUCCUCAAGUCUCUGCCUGCCAAGCUGCGUCAACUGCUGGCCGAAGACUCAGACACAGAGAACAAGUCCUAUCGCUAUCGCAAAAUGGAUUCUGAAGUCAUAAGAGCCAGGUCUCUGACCCUCAUCCUCCAUCUCACCUGCCUCUUUCAUGGCCCCCAGGACUUCAACAAUAUCACCGAAACAGACUACGGUCACUACGACAAUAUAACUCUCGAUGGGCCGGUGGACGGCCCACACCCCACGCCCAGGCUCAAAGCCCAUGAGGUGGCUGCUGUGGUCAUCUUUAUGAUCGACUUAGUGGUUGGUGUGCCAGGCAACAUACUUGUACUGUGGGUGACUGGCUCAGAGGCCCGACGAACUGUUAAUGCCAUAUGGUUCCUAAACCUGGCCUUGGCUGACCUCCUCUCCUGCCUGGAACUGCCCGUCCUAAUUGCAACCACCCUCUUGCAUGGCAACUGGCCUUUAGAUGAAGCGGCCUGUCGCAUCCUGCCCUCGCUCAUCCUCAUGAGCCUCUUUGCCAGCAUCCUGCUCCUUGCCACCAUCAGUGCCGACCGCUUCCUCAUUGUCUUCAAGCCCAUCUGGUGCCAGAACUACCGUGUGGCCCGGCUGGCCUGGUUGGCCAGUGGUGUGGCCUGGAUGCUGGCUCUCGUGCUCACCAUUCCAUCCUUCUUGUUCCGACGGGUGGAAGAGGAACCCUUUUCCAAGAAGGUCUUGUGUGGUGUGGACUAUGGGAAGCAGGUCAAUCUUGCUGUCAGUGUCACACGCUUUGUCUUGUGUUUCCUGGGGCCCCUGGUCACGCUGAGCGUCUGCUACACUUUCCUCCUCCUUCGGACUUGGCGCCGGCCAGCCACACGCUCCACCAAAACCCUCAAGGUGGUGGUGGCUGUGGUGACCAGCUUCUUUGUCUUCUGGCUGCCCUAUCAUGUUUCUGGCUUGGUUUUGGCCUUCCUCUCCAGAAAGUCACCCAACUUCAAUCUUGCCUUGUCUCUGGAUGUGCUCUGGGUAGCCUUGGCUUAUGUCAACUGCUGUAUCAACCCCAUUAUCUAUGUGGCUGCUGCCCGGGGCCUCCACAUCCAGGUCGUCAAAUCUCUGCCUUCCCGUUUACAACAAUUGCUGACCGAAGACUUGGACAUGAAGAGCAACUCCCACUAG